UGAACUUGUCCUUUUGGAGACUCUUAGAGAGUGUAAAUUUUGUUUGUGGUAUCAACAAAAUUUACAAAACCAACUUCAAGGCUCCCAUUGACGAUGAGAAAGAGCUCAGCGGAGCGCGAAUGCAAUAGUGAUUGCAGCAAUUCACAAACCUAGGUUGGUUCUACCUAGUCUGAUUCAAUUUUGGAGACUAGAGCGGAUAAUUCAAAGCAUCAUCAGAUAUGGUCUUCAUCCUUUGUAGGUUGGCAAGCCGUGAGGAUCCAUAUGUUAGAUUUCAUAAGACGGGUUUUCCAACAAGCCCCAAUGAUCAAUUUUCGCAUGAAUUGUUAAGGAUCCAAUGAACCCCAACGUUGAUUAUUUCCACGUGUCAAUUUGACAAAUGCGUCCAUAAUGACUCGGAUGGAUAUCUCCUAUCCAAAAACUCGCAGUUGGCGCUGUCAAUCCUCCAUGGGGGAAAAAAUACAGCUCUCUCAAAACCAAUUAAAGCAAAUGCGUGUUGAAUUAUAACUCGUCUGAAGGAAAUCUCUACGAAAGGGGAUUCAAUUACACAGAGAGAGAGAGAGAGAGAUACAGAGUUUAUCGAACAACAACCACUGUACACGAUGAUGACUCUGCCGCCGCCGCCGACUCAGUGGACUCGGAUUGAGGACAAGCUAUUUGAGCAGGCUCUGGUUGAGUACCCUGAAGAGUUGCCUGAUCGGUGGCAAAAGAUAGCCGAUCAUGUCCCUGGGAAGAAUUGUCAGCAAGUGAAGGAGCACUAUGAGGUUUUGGUACAUGACGUCUUGCAGAUUGAUUCGGGUAGAGUCGAUUUGCCGAGUUACGCUGAUGACUCGGACGAGUUGGAGAAUUGGCAGCCCGAGCUGCAGCAUCACAUAUCGUUUGGAUCACCAAAACCGAAAGAAGGGGAAAGGAAGAAGGGCACGCCGUGGACGGAGGAGGAACACAAGUUGUUUCUGAUAGGGCUUGAAAAAUUUGGCAAGGGAGAUUGGAGAAGCAUUUCAAGGAAUGUGGUUGUGACAAGAACUGCAACUCAAGUAGCUAGCCAUGCCCAAAAGUACUUCCUCCGCCAGUGUUCAGUGAAGAAAGAGAGGAAAAGAUCGAGCAUUCACGAUAUCACGACAGUCGAUAACUCAGUUCCUCAGCCUGCUGAUCAAAAUUGGGUUCCUUCACAUGGUGAUCAACUUCAUUUGGCUCAGCCUCAGCAGUUGCAACAUUUGCCUCCGCAGCUGCAACAGCCGAAUCAAGGAGUUCCGGUGGACUAUCAGGAAUUCAGCUUUCACCCCAUGUAAAUAACAGUUGCAUACAUUUGUGUAUAGAAGUUGUAGGCUCCAUUUGUAUAGCAGAGUUCUUAUUGUUCUUUUAGCUGAUACAUAAUUAGGUGGUCUGUGAAGCAAAAUUGAAAAUACUAGGGUGUUUUUUUGUUCUUUGAAUGCAAUAGGUGAACUUGAAAUUAGGAUAGAGGAAUCUUGCAUACUA